UCAAUCCUCACACCGCUCACACAACUCCGUUCUUGAAGGGCAUAAACCCAUCACGCAGCUCUGGAGCAAGCCGAGAGGGAGAGAGUGACUUUCGCAUUUGCAAGCAGCUGUCUGUACAAUGGCGAGCCGCUGCAGCUUCUUGUCGCUGCCAUGGCUCCUCCUCCUCCUGUCGGUUCUCGGCGACGCAGUGGCCGCAGUGGCUGUGGCGGUGCCCAGGCCGCUGCUGGGCAUCGCGGAGCCGCCGGGCGCGGGGGCCGGGCCCGGCGGAGGCGGGAGGCCCGACCGGUCGGUGGCCGGCGCGGACGUGAUCCUCGUCGGGUUCGCCGCGGCGGUCGUGGUCGUCGUGUUCCUGUACAUCAGGGUCACCCGGAAGAACAGCGGCAGCAGCGGCAGCGUGGGAGCCGGACAGAAGCAGGACGGCGGCUUGGGAGGAUCCUGAACUUCUGAAUGGGUAGAUGUAGCAGUAGCGCUAGAAGUACACGAUCCUUUUCUUUUCCUUUCAAUUUUCUUUCUUGGGUUUCGUUUCAAAAAAAAAAAUCUUUCUUGGGUUCAGACUUGAGGGAGGCUUGUAGAGAAACGAUAAGAUGGGAUGAGAGGGUUGAUACAGUUUAGCAGCUGGUUAAGAUUUGUCAGUUCACUGAUCUGUGGUGUGUAAGUACAUGUCCGGUGAGCUGAGGUGGUGAUACGUAGGAGACCA